UUCCGUUGACGUGUUGCAAACGAUUGCGUAUUUUAAUUGACUGCGCACUCAAUUAUAUCGGAUUUUUGGCAGGAAACUGUUCGCCUAUAUAUAUGAUAAUUGUUGCAGUAAUCGGCACACUUCGUCUGCAGAACUGAAGUAAAAUGAACUCAUUACUCACUUUCGCCCUCCUUUUGGCCGUCGCUGCCACCGCGCACAGCUACGGAUAUGGAGGACAUGGACUAUCGACUUCGAUCAUAAGCACACCCAUAAUUGCUGCUCCAGCUUACUCCACCGCUAACGUGUACAGGGCCGCCCCUAUCCCUGUGGUCCGUACAGUUUACACCCCAGUCUCCGUCCCCGUUGUAAGGACCGUCCCCGUUGUGAGGACCGUACCCAUUGUGAGCACUGUGCCAGUGAUUCGUAGCUACUCCAGCUACGGCGGCUACGGCGGCUACGGACAUGGUCUCGGGGGAUAUGGCUAUGGUGGCUAUGGUGGGUAUGGAGGCUAUGGAGGCUAUGGAGGCUAUGGAGGCUAUGGAGGCUAUGGAGGCUAUGGGGGCUACGGUGGCUACGGUCACGGGCUGUCAAUUUCGAGUGUUCCAGUCGUCCGUACUGUAGUCACUCCUGUCAGCGUCCCAGUUGUGAGAACCGUCCCCAUUGUACGCAACUACGUUAGCUAUGGUGGCGGCUACGGUGGCUACGGAGGCUACGGACGAGGCCUCGGCUACGGUUACGGUGGCUACGGACGAGGACUCGGCUAUGGUCAUGGAGGUUACAGCCGAGGCUACGGCUACGGCAGAUACCACUAAACCAUGAGCAGACGAAGUCUAAACUCGUCAAUUCUUCUAAUGACUCUUUGAACUAAUAAAUUUCAUUCAAAAUAAAA